GUUUCUCUCUCUCUCUCUCUCUCUCUCUCGGUCCCUCCCGCCAGCUAUAUAAACACAGAGACAGAGAGAGAGAGAGAGAGAGGAAUCAAAAAAGGGGGGAGCUUUCUUGCAAUUAGGAUUCAAUCAAGAAGAAGAAGAGAAGAUUUUGAUUUGAGGGUUGUUAUUGCAUGUGGAGAUGAGUCUCUUUGGACUUGGCAAUAGAAAUCAGAAGACAUUCCGUCCAAAGAAGAAUGCUCCUUCUGGGAAUAAGGGUGCACAAUUGAAGAGGCACAUUGAUGCUACACUGGGGAGUGGAAAUUUAAGGGAAGCUGUUAGAUUACCCCCUGGAGAAGACCUCAAUGAAUGGCUUGCUGUCAAUACUGUUGACUUCUUCAAUCAGGUGAACAUUCUGUUUGGCACUCUUACUGAAUUUUGCACACCAUCUACCUGCCCAACAAUGUCUGCUGGACCCAAGUUUGAGUACAGAUGGGCAGACGGCGUACAGAUUAAAAAACCAAUAGAGGUUUCUGCACCCAAAUAUGUAGAUUAUCUGAUGGAUUGGAUUGAAGCUCAGCUGGAUGAUGAGUCUAUAUUUCCUCAAAGACUGGGGGCACCUUUUCCACCUAAUUUCCGGGAAGUUGUUAAAACGAUCUUCAAACGGUUGUUUCGGGUGUAUGCUCACAUCUAUCACUCCCAUUUUCAGAAGAUUGUGAGUCUGAAAGAAGAAGCUCAUUUGAACACAUGCUUCAAGCACUUCACUCUAUUUACAUGGGAAUUCCGUCUCAUCGAGGAAGGAGAGCUGGCUCCACUGCGUGAUCUUGUCGAGUCCAUAAUACUUGCAUAUUGAGAAUUAGAGGGACAGAUGAAAAUUACAAUUGAUUUUGAUUGUAUAACAGAUUCUUUAGUCUUUGCUUUGAGGGAACGUUGCCCCCUUUGAUUGAUUGGAACAACUCAUAACACCAAAGGAUUAUUCUCUUCUUGACCUUGUGCUCUGAAUGCAAACUGCAGUACUCUUGUUCUGUUGAGCAAAAAUUUCAAUAUGACAAGCUGGAUGAAAUUUAAUCUGAAAUUUUCAUAUUCA